AUGAUAGGGGGUGUAUUAAAAGCUUUCAAGUCGACGGAUGCUUCGUGGUAUGGCCUGUUCCUCAUCCAGUGGGGAAUCAGCUACAACACGGCCAAGCUCCCCGGUAUCAGCAUCGCAGAGUAUCCUGAUUUCCUCCAGGAGGGUCUGAAGGAUAAGCUGGUCCUGACAUACCCCAACGACGAUGACGCAGUGUUGUACCAGUUCUACCUGAUCAUGCAACAGAACGGAGAAUCCUGGUUCGACAACCUCCUGGCCCUCAACCCCCGAUGGGUCCGCGGCACCGCGACACCAGGCACCAUCCUGUCGACCGCCAACGCCACCGAGGCCGCGACCUUCACGCCCUACGGCUCGCCCUACGCCCCGAGCAACACGAGCACGACCGGCGCGCCGCACCCGGAGUCGGCCAAGCUGCUCUUCAACUGGAUGCUCUCGCCCGAGCACCAGGCCACCGGCUGGAGCGUGCGCCAGGACGUCCCCGUGCCCGACAGCAUUCCCUACCCGGACACCUGGCACAUGAACGGGACCAACCCGACGUCUUUCUUUCAGUCUAUGGCGAACCGACCCAACGUCGAGAGGCUCAAGCUGUACUCUGAGGACAAGAUUGGCACCGCGCAGGGCCUGAGCCCACUUGUCGAUGACCUGUAG